GUUUUACACAUUUACUCACCCCCAAAUCCCAAUUGCAAUAGCAUAUAUACGGGAAAUUGAAACUAAAGCCCACAAAAAACAAAGUUGAUAACUUAGGGAAUGCAGAGCAUGGAGGCCAUCAAGGAACAGCAGAGUAGUCUCAGGGAAGGGGAAGGGGAAGGUCCAACAGAUAAGAAAUUGGGGUUAGGGAAUGUGUACUGCAAGAUGGGAGAGGGAUGGACAUGCGUGAUAACCAAGACUGAGGGCCCUGAUGCUGGCAAAGUUUUCCUUAAAUGCGGUGAAAAUUGCUCAUGCACAAUUGAUGGUGAAACAGUUUCUAAGGAAGUUGAGAUUGGGAGCGGCAACCAAGCAUUUUGCAAGUGCGGCGAAGGGUGGAGCUGUGUCAUAUACAACAACACUCAAGGCCCUGAGACUGGCUCCGGCAAAGGCUUUGCUGAAUGCGCUGCAAAAUGCUCUUGCUCUACUAAUAAAUCCAUUUAAUUACGACAUGUGUCUCAGAAAUCAACUUUAAUAAAAUGUGCACUUAAACUGCUUAAUGCAUUCUUUUUCAUUUA